AUGUAUAUCAAAAAUUGCAUUAUUGAAGCAGUUAAUUGUUUGUGCCCACUAAAUUCUUCCUUAUUUGAUGGAAUAAGUUUGUCGGCGAGUUCUGUAUCACGGAGAACUGAAGAGCUUGGAAAAAAUAUAUAUUUACAAAUUUGUGAAAAGACAAGUAAUAUGUUGUGGUAUUCUCUUGCAUUGGAUGAGUCAGUUGACAUUUCGGGAACAUCGCAACUUCUUAUUUUUAUUUGUGGAGUUGAUGAGAAUAUUUCCAUAACUGAAGAACUGGCAUCUGUUUGUUCUAUUCAUGGAACAACCACUGGAAAAGAUAUUUUUGAUGAAUUGGAACAAACUAUAAGUGACUAUAACCUUGAAUGGGAGAAACUGAGUUGUGUUACGAUUAACGGGGCAAAGAAUAUGGCUGGUUCUAAAAAGGGUCUAGUUGGGCAAAUAACUAAUAAAUUGGAGGAAUUACAUAUUUCAAACACUUUGUUCAUUCAUUGCAUCCUUCAUCAGCACGCACUAUGUGCGAAGGCUCUUAAUAUUUCAUGUGUGUUGAAUCCAGUUAUUCGCAUAAUAAACUUUGUUCGAGGGAGCUCACUUAAUCACCGUCAGUUUAAAGUUUUACUUGACGAUUUUGGAUCUGAAUAUUUUGACUUACCAUAUUACACUGCAGUUAGAUGGCUUAGCUGUGGUAAUGUAUUAAAUAGAUUUUAUAAACUCCGAAGUGAGAUUGAUAUUUUGCUCCGUGCUAUGCACGUGUUCCGGCCCGCGUUCAUUGUGUUGGGGUCAAUCCGGCCCGCGAGUGCAAAAAGUUUGGUGACCCCUGGUCAAGAUCAUCGUUGA